CGCCGCGCACCGAGCCCCGUCAGCCCCGCAGCCCGCUCACCCGCCCGCCGCAGAGCUAGAAGGAAAAUGAUGAAAAUGUUGCCUUUUUUCCAAAGUGGUCCUAUUGGAAUACGCAAUGGAUCAGAGGGUUGCAUUGGUGUAAACAGACAGCUUGGAAACCCUUCAACAUCGGUAGCUGAAGUCGUCUCUGCCAGUCCUGGACCUUCUGGAGACGAGAUUUGGUCCAGAGACCAGGAGAAGAUGAGUGAAAGGCCAGAGGCAUCCGGCAGACCUUCACGUGCAUCUUCCAUCACGAGCAAUGGGAGCUGCACCUUUGCUGGGGACAGCCCUGAAAAGGGGAAGAAAGGAAUAAAGGGAAUCCUUACGGGUGCAUUUAAGAAGAUUAAAAAGACCAAGCCACCCAGUGUCAAACAAGUCAUGGAUCUCCUUGAAGACAACAAGCUUUGUGAUGCUGCUCAGUAUCUAAUUGUCCUGGAGAAGAGCCUGUCUACCAAAAGUGAGGAGGGAGUGAGCAUCAGCCAGCAAGAGGUUGAGUCCAUCUACGAAAUUCUGAAGCACAAAGUCUUCAGCAUCUUGAAAGACUCCAUACUGCUGGCGAAAACAAACCCAGAACUGCUGCAGCAGGCAGUAGAGGCACUGAAAGAGCAGGAGAAAGAAGAUCAGAACUACCUGUCAGAGAACCCACCUGACCAAAACAUGCAAUUUAGACCUAGAAAAUGGAAAGAGCUUUGGAUGGCUACAGUAAAGGAGUCGGUAGAGACUCGAAUGAAAGACACAAGCCGUACUCCUAGGUCUGAGAACCUCUCUGCAGUUGGCCAGAACCUCCUGCACAUGGGGAAGACAAUGAAAGAAGAUUUGACAGUAGUUGUAAAGUACAUUAAACAGCUUUAUCCCCCUGAGUUUAAUGUCUUCAGCACAUAUGCAGAACUCUACCACAAUUAUUUUGCCUCCCAAGCAAAUCAAGCUGCUGGGUGUCACCUGGAAGACAAGGAUAUUUACCUCCUCCUGUCGUGGGUGCACAACUUCUAUCCAAAAGAUAUGAGAAAGGAUCAAGCUCUAGCAGAGGAGUUGGAAAAAGUUAAACUUGGAAGCCUUUUGCCGUCAAGUCUGAGCAAAGAGCUUGAAAAGAAAUACCUUGACAGUGAAGAGGCGACUGUCAAAAAUUCGCUGAGCAGAUGUUUAUCUAAAGAAAUCCAAAGAUGGAAAGAAGACCAAGAACCAGAGAAAAUAAAUGGACAUUUUCAGAGUGAGCUACUAGCAAUAAUUGUUAUCCAGAGCAUCUACGGCGGCCAGGAGCGAGCCAAGGCCAUCAGCACGGCGGUGGGAGAGGAGCUGUCGCAUCGGCUGUGGAAGGAGCUGCCUGCCUUCCUGAGAAGCUACAGGGAUGCUUUCGAAGACUUCAAGGAGAAAAGCAAGAAGCACAGCUACUACAAGCCUAUACUGAUUGCCAGCAUUAACAACUGCUGGAAUUUUAGAGACUAUGCAGAGAAAAACAUGGCAGAAAAGGAUGACAAUAAAGCCAGUAUCCUCAGCAUUCUCGGGGACAUUGAAAACAGUGGCUUUGAUGUGCUGCUUCAACCGCUGUUUGCACAGCUGAAGCCAAUUUAUAAGAAGUUUACAGAAAAUAAGUGGGACUCCAGCAAUGAAACUAUGAACGAGAUCAUUAAAACCACCAGCAAACAUGUUUCAGAAUUCCGGACCUUGAAGGACCCUUUCUACCAAGCUAUCGUCGAGAAGAUCCACGCGUAUUUGGUUAAAGCGUACAUCGUGAGGCUGCUGAAGAGGAAAGUCAGCCUGAAAACUCCAGCACAACAGCAGAACCUGGCCCAAAGCAUCUCCAAGAAUGCUGCUGACCUGGAAGCCUUCUGCACCAGCAAUGGGUCUAAAGCCACCUGGCUGAAUUCGGCGCUCCCCAAACUGGCUGAAAUUAUCCGGCUUCAGGAUUUAGGUGCGAUUAAAAUCGAAGUUGCAACAUUCGCCACGACGUACCCGGAUAUCCGCAAAAGGCACCUGGAAGCGUUCCUGCACAUCAAAGCCAAUUUGUCACGUGGUGAAGUCAAAAGCAUCCUGGGCUACUUGGCAGACAGCACAGCAUCCACAUCACCCGGGGCCCCGCUCUUCUCCAACAUAAAUGUGUCCUAGGCCAAGGCACCCCUUGGCACCCGCCUUGUGCUGGACUGUGGGCUAAGCCAGGGAUGGAGACCACCCCCUGGAGCAAUGCACAGCACGCACUGCCACCUUUUCCUACGGAAAGUACUUUGUCCUCAUCCAGUGCCCAGCAUCUCUAUGGGAAUCACCAUCAUCUGUGCCCAGCCAAGAAAAGGGGGCACCCAUGGGAGGAGCAGUGCUUGCAAGGACCAGGGCUGCUCCUCAAGGCAGCAAGGUCUCCUUGGUGCCACCACGUUCUCUGCCUGGACGCUGCCCUGGUGCUCUGACCUCCAUCUACCUCACAGGGUGCUGUGAAGGCCACGUCACUGACUCCCCAGCUAGCCCAGACCGAGCAGUCACCACCUAUGUAGCUUUCUGUCUUCUAAGGAAAUGGAGGAAACCAAAAACCGGAGCCAAAAUUUAGAGAUGUUGGAAAAGUCCCGUGGGAGCAUGCUUGCACCUCAUCUGCCUUCCUCUGAGACAGGCCAGGGGGGCACCAGGUUUUGGGUCAGGAGGAGGUGUUUCUCAGCCAUGGCAGGACUCCUGCCAUCCCUCCACACUGCAGCACCCCCAGAUCUGGAGCUUGGAGUGGCCCUGGCUGCACUCUGUGCCCCAUGCAACAGCGUUGCCCAGGGGCAUUGGGGUUUCCAAACUGGCCCUGGGGAGCCCUGACUGUCCCCGCAGCAUUGGUCCAGCCGGGCCAGCGUGAGCUUCCUUCACCUCCAUGAGGUGGGAGCCACCAGCCACCCCAGCAGCCACCAGUCACCGUGGUGACCCCAUCCAGUGCCUCUACGCUGGAGUGGCACCCUGCUAGCAGAGGGCUAGGGGCAAACCACCUAUUGCAAAGGAUGAUGUGGGUUAAGCACCAUCAUCUAUUGAG